AUGUUGAAAUAUUUUGCAAAGAGGCCUAGGAGUUCAAUUGAAUCGUCUAGUGUUCCAGAUGAAGAGUCUACUCCUGCACCACAACCACCACCAUCUCCUCCUCCUCCUCCACAAAUUUUAUCUGAAAAUAUUGAAAAUCUGAGUAGUGAAGUAGAAAUUGUUGUUGAUCCUGGUUUACGAAAAUUGAUUGAAGAGUAUGAUGUUGGUGCUAGAGAUCGUAUUCGAAAAGAAUAUGUUGCUAUGGGCCCUUGUCAACCUCGAGGCCAUAAUUUUCCAAGAAAAAAAAUGGGUAAAGACAAUAGAUGUUUCAGAGAGGUUUGGUUUAAAGACCGUGAUUGGUUAGAGUAUAGUGUUUCAAAGGAUGCAGCCUUUUGUUUCUGGUGUUAUCUUUUUAGACCUAGUAAUAUAGGGUUUGGAGGAGAUGAUGUGUUUACGAGAUCUGGUUUCAUAAAUUGGAAAACAGCAAUUGAAAAAUUCAAUGAGCAUGUAGGUGGAGUUGGUAGUGCGCACAAUGAGGCAAGAAUACAGUUUGAGGGUUUCAAGAAUCAAAGACAAAGUGUAGAGUAUUCAUUUUCAUCAGGGAAACAUGAGCUUGAAGUUGCUUAUCGCAAACGCUUGACUUCCAUUUUAAAAGUAAUUCGAUUUUUGUUGUUACAAGGAUUGCCUUUUCGGGGACAUGAUGAGUCUUCAACAUCAUCCAAUAGAGGAAAUUUUUUAGAAUUGCUCAAAUGGUAUAGCUCAGAGUGUCCAGAAGUUGCGGCAGUUGUUGGAAUGAAUGCACCUGGAAAUAAUCAAAUGAUUGCCCCAAAAAUUCAAAAGCAAUUGGUGAAUGCUUGUGCAGUUGAGACCACAAAUGCUAUUCUAGCUGAUCUUGGAGAUAGGUGGUUCACUUUACUACUUGAUGAGGCUCGUGACUAUUCAGUGAAAGAGCAAAUGGCAGUUGUUAUUAGAUAUGUGAACAAACAUGGAGAGGUGAUUGAACGAUUUAUGGCUGUAGUUCAUGUUGCAACAACUACAGCUGCUUGUUUGAAGGAGGCAAUCGACUCUUUAUUUGCUAAGUAUGGUUUGUCAGUGGCGAGAUUGAGGGGUCAAGGAUAUGAUGGUGCUUCAAAUAUGUCUGGAGAAUUUAAUGGCUUAAAGUCACUGAUAAUGAAAGAAAAUCCGUAUGCAUUGUAUGUUCAUUGUUUUGCUCAUCAACUCCAGCUAGUGGUUGUAGCUGUUGCUCAAGCAAAUCAAUAUGUUUGUGAUUUAAUGUGGAUUGUUGGUUCGAUUGUGAACACAUCUGCAUCAUCUUGCAAAAGGGCCGAUAAACUUCGACAACUUGAACAUGACAGAAAAGUUAAACUUCUUGAAAGAGGAGAGAUUAGUUCUGGUAGAGGACUAAACCAAGAAACUAGUCUAGCUAGACCUGGAGAUACACGAUGGAGGUCUCAUCAUUCAACUUUAUGUCGUAUUGAACAAAUGUGGCCAUCUGUUAUAGAGGUUCUUCAAAAUUUGAUUGAUGAUGGUGAUCGUUCUUCUAAGGGUUUAAGUAGAACUUUGGUUGAAAGAAUGGAGAGGUAUGAAUUUGUGUUUAUUCUACUAUUGAUGAAACGUAUAUUGGCAAUCACAAAUCAUUUGUCAACCGUUCUACAAGAGAAAGAUCAAAAUAUUGUGAAUGCGAUGCAUUUGAUCAAUAAUGUGAAAUGCAAAUUGCAAAAGUUGAGAGAUUCUGGAUGGGAUAUUUUACUUGAGGAUGUGAAGAAGUUUUGUAACACUCAUUCCAUUGAAAUAAUUAAUAUGACAGAUAACAUCAACAGCCGUAGUCGUUUGAAGAGAGAUGGAAAAAAUGUUAAUUUUUAUCACUACUACCAUGUUGAAAUCUUUUGUGAGGUUAUCGAUAUUAUUCUACAGGAGAUGGAUAGUCAUUUCUCUGAAACAACUAGAGAUUUGUUGAUUUAUAUGUCAUGUCUUGAUCCUAGGAACUCGUUCUCUAGAUUUGAUGUACAGAAAUUAGUGCGUCUGGCUCAUUUUUAUACGGAUGAUUUUUCUUGGAGUGAGCGUAUGUUGGUUGAACAAGAGCUUGAAACAUAUAUUGAUGACCUCAGAUCAGAUGAACGGUUUGAAGGCAUUUCAGAUUUGGGAGCUCUUGCAAAGAAAAUGAUUGAAACAAUGAAGAACCGUGUGUUUCCUUUGGUUUAUCGGAUGAUUGAGCUAGCCUUACUUCUUCCAGUUGCUACUGCAACCGUUGAAAGAGUGUUUUCGGGCGUCAUCACGAGGCAACUCCAGUCCCUCCAGGUCUUGCGGCCCGAAGCUGAUAAUAAGGUCAGCGACCUGCUCCUUGCUGCAUCCAACAGCGUGAAUCUCCAAUCAGCGUUUAUGAGACUUGUGUGCCCGGCCCGACUCUUCGUCAAUAGGUCCUCCGGAGAUCAUGCCUAUGUCCCGGAUGGCCACGUUGCCCCGAUUCUCCGCCUCGCGGGCUUCUCCUUACUCCCCAGUGCGCCCUUGUUGUUGCAUGCUUGGCCCCUCCUGAUUGGCCCGGGAUCUGAUGGCUUGUCCCGCGGCAUUGCGUCGCUCCUCCAUCAUUCUUUGGACUUGAGGAGCCAGCUCGAGGGGUGGCAGGCCCAGCUCGGCAGCGCGGCGAGAAUCCCGGGUAGCUGUGUUCCCAUAAACGGCGCCAAAUUUGGUCCCGUCCGAAAGCUGAAUAGGAUAGAGGCUGGCCGCGCUGUCGCCGGUGUUGAUGGAAAGUCGUGGAAGCACCUGGGUGACCUGAUACCUCCUGGAAAGGCUCGCCCUGGUCUGUUAACCCUCGACUGGGUCCUCGUAUCUGCAAAUCUUGAUCUGUAUGCACAUACCUGCCUUUCCUGGCGCAUUCCCUGGCUUCAAUUAUGGGCUACGGUGUCGGUGACUAAUCCUUCUCAGCAACAGGGACACAAGAGAGGAAGAGUAGACAAGUUAGAGCUUGCGCAGUGA